UGGUGGGAGAACCAGGUUUUCAGAAGGUGGUGGUUCAGUUCUCUGUAACGUCCGAGAGAAGAAUCAUCUGGAAAAUGGUGCUGGAGAUUUAUCUGGAUCUUUUCUCACAGCCGUGUCGCUCGGUUUACAUCUUCGCCAAGAAGAACGGCGUCCCGUUCGAGUACAAGAGCGUCUCCCUGAUGGCAGGUGAGCAGUAUAGUGAAGAGUUUGGCAAGAUCAAUAUUCUGAGGAAAGCACCUGCAAUCCGGGAUGGAGACUUUUGCCUGGCUGAAAGUAUCGCCAUUAUGACCUACUUGGCAGAGAAGUACAAGACCCCAGAUCACUGGUUCCCAGCGGACCUGCAGAAGCGAGCGCGGGUAAACGAAUAUCUGUCCUGGCAACAUUCGGCCAUGCGUCCCCACGGAUCUAAGAUAUUCUGGCUGAAGCUCAUGAUUCCAAAGGUUCUAGGUAUGGAGGUUCCUAAAGAGAAGAUGGACGCUGCUUUAGAGGAUCUUGAUGGCUCCCUGAAGCUCUUUGAGGAGAAGUUCCUUCAGGACAGGCCUUUCAUUGCGGGUGACCAGAUCUCCCUGGCUGACCUGGUCGCUAUUGUGGAAAUCAUGCAGCCAGUAGGUGCAGGUCUGGAUGUGUUUGAGACGAGGCCCAAACUGAGCGCUUGGAGGGACCGCGUUAAGGACGCGAUUGGCGCCGAGCUGUUUGAUGAAGCCCACCAGGGCAUCCUCUCAGCCCAGGAAUCAGCUAAAAGCAUUGACGGCGGCAAACUGCAGCAUUUCAAAGCCACGAUCCUCAAAAAGUUCCUCUGAAAACAAAAAAGGUGGUUUUUCUAACAGUUACUCGUGUUUAAUUGUGUACGCUCUCGGCUAUAACCGACAUUGUACAGAGGACAGAAAGAAUCAAAUGAAAAAUGUGAACCAUAUCUAGCGAUGGGUUAGUCAUUUUUUAUGUUUUCUUCAAGUUCACUUGGAUUAACCUUUAUUAGUGUUCUUACAUGUUCUCAUUCAAACUGACAUGGGAUGAACUUUUCUAACAGUUUUUCUUGUGUUUUCACAAAUAAAACCUCAAUGUUGAGCUUCACCAGAGUAUGGAGAGGCACUUUUCAGUGUUCAUGACGGCAGUAAAGAAAUUGUGAAAGAU